AUGAAGUCUGCAAUUCUAUCUGUGACGAUAUUACGUCAAAAGCCGGAGAGGAUCACAGGCCAAGACAGCGUUGUGGUUGAGCUGCUGUCACAGGUAACAUGUUCCAACAAAUCAGUCGAGACGGUGAACCAGGCGUGUCUGGACGUGUACAAUAUUCCAAUACAAAUACCGUCCCCUCCCACCCUUGCUGAAGCCACACCCGAAGAUGCACUGCUGAUCAUCGAAAACUUCAUAGUAGAUGAGAGUGACACUUUGUGCAGUAAUCAGGAAAAUUACACGAAAGCUGUGGCCUGCCUCUACUAUGUCAACAAGAAAUGCAACAGUGUGUCUGCUCAAGACAACAGUAUUUAUCCAGCAGAAAGCGACUUUCAGCAACAGAUGACACAGUCCUGUGAUGCCAUCGCAAGUAUCACUGGUGGGGACAAUCACGCUGUCGAGGUCACAGCUACCUGUACACUAAACACAGUGGGGACAACCAUCGCUCAGUUAAGCCAGCAGUGUAUGAACCUCAACAGUGUACAGGAGCAACUCUCUGACGCCGCGAGUCUUUCUGGUGCCGCUUCGGCUGAUAUCGUCAUGGACUAUGUUAACUUACUGAUACAAAAGGACAGUAAAACAAUGUGCAGUUCUACAGAUGCUACUCUCAAGGCUACUACCUGCCUGUAUGCCGUCAUCUACAAGUGCCGGUUUGGUGGCUCCUUUAUAAAGACUGUGCCAACGCAGAACGAGACACGUAUGGGACUGGCAGCUACUUGCUCCAUUGUUGAAAGUAUUGUGACGGUUACUCCAGAAAUAGAGGCUCUCACGACAAACCUGCUGUGUUCGAACCAAACUGCCGUGCUUGCAGCUCAACAACAAUGCUUGAGUAUGCACAAUCUUCCGCUCAAUAUUCAGAACCCUCAGAGUCUGACCACUGGGGACCACAAUGCUGUCAUAGCGGCCAACACUCUUCUAAUAAGCAACACUGUAUUAGUGUGCCAGUGA